AAAGGGAUUUCAAAUCCACAAUCCCCACCAAACAGCUUGCCUCUCUGCUGAUGAUUCUACUUCUGUUAGUAUGGUUGCUCCUUGUGUACAUGAAGAUGUUAAACAAAUGUGGAUCUGGGAACACCAUUUUCAACUCAAAUCAGUGACUUCUGAGAACUGCUUGGCUAGAUCAGGUUCGACAGUCACAACCUCUCCAUGUAACUCAGCUGACAUCAACCAACUCUGGGACUGUCCUGUGAUUCUAGAGUACCCUCCUCUCCUAAUAGCAAUCAAAGGAACAAACUCAUUUCUUAGACCAAUAGAAGGAACAAACAAUGUUGGGAUAUCAAGCAAGGUUGAUGCAUUAUCAGCAUGGUUUAUCAGUGAUAAUGGUCUUGAUCAGAAUGUCUGCACACAACGAAAUGGUUUCCCCAUGCUUGAAACAAGAUGCACAGAGUUUGGUAUGUGGAGUCUACCAGCUAAAGUUAUUAAGUGCGUGAUACAACACUGCCCACCGCUGGCUGAUAUCAGUGGUGCUACCAGAGAACUACAUGGUCCGAUUGGUAUAUAUGGGGUGAAUGCAACUUACACAUGCAAAGCAGGCUAUUGGUUGAAACCAGGAUUUGUAUCAGCCACACUAACUUGUGAUGAAACUGGAAACUGGUUUCCAAAACUAGAUGUAGUUCAUUGCACAAAACUCUUAUGUCCAGUUCCUUACCCUGUUCAAUAUGCAACUAUAGAAGGUCUAAUAUGGACUUAUGGCUCACAAAUCACCUACUCCUGUGCACCAGGGUUUUGGUUUUCAAGAGGCAGGCUGAGAUCAUGGGUUACUUGUGGGGUAAAAGCAAAGUGGGAGCCUGACCCUUCUCAUCUCACUUGUGAUCGGGUUAAGUGUCGUGAUCCAGGUCCCAUAUCAUCAGCAAAAUAUUAUUUACCAAGUGAAGAGAUUGAUUUUGAAGGAGUUAUCAAGUAAGAUGGCUGUGUUUAGAAUAUCUUUUAAUCUUUCUUAUUACCUUCCAUA